GCAUGGAAACGUCAGCGCUGGGUUUGCAGCGUGGUGCUGGGUCACUCCGCCUGAGCGCUGCGCUCCGAUGAGCAUCGGGCAUGGGGAGGAGCUGGCUGGCCGGGGCUGCAGCAACCCUGCUCCUGUUGGGCUGCGUUGAAGGUUGGUGAGGGCUGGAUGGGAGAACGUUGGCGUUGAGGAUGAGAGGGAGGGAGAUGACGAGUCAAGGUGCCAGCCAAGAGCUCGGCAGGACGCAGCCUAUCUUCUUCAAGCUUCUGACCCCAAAGAGAUGUCCCCUUUUCUGCCCCUGGAAAAGCUCUGAAGACCGUCUCAGACUCACCCCUUCUUCCACCCCACGUAGGUGCUGGUGGGAUGGAGCCGGAGACCUGCAGCCCCCUAGGUGACUUUCCCCCACCAGCGCUCCUACCAAACAUCUCCUCGGCUCAGGAAGGCAACUUGGUUCUUGCCCGCUGCCUGGUUUUCUCCCGUGCUCCUGUCACCCACAUCUUCUUCUGCAAGAACGGGGUGGUGCUGGAGAACCUCCCGGUGGGACGCAAGCAGUUCACCGCUACACUUGCCAUCCAGCUUUCUGCAGAGAGCAGCGGCACCUACUCCUGUGGGUACCGACGGCAGAGCAACCUCGGGUACAUCAAGAUCUCAAGUCUGAGCAUCCCCUGGCUCCUGACCAUCGGAGGUAGGAAGGGUGAGCUGAGGAACAGCACCACCACCACCAUCUCAGAGCUGCCAGCUGAAGGGCUGGGAAUCUCACUCAGCUUGGCUCUCGUGGUCAUCUCCCUCCUGGUUCUGGCUUUGAGCAUCCACCUCUUCCUGCAGAUAGGAAAGCGAGUCCAGCUGGCCAGCUUGAAGCAUUGCAUCCGUCCCCCAGUGGAAAAACCCAACAUUUCACUAAGAAAGAGUCCUCCAAAAUCUCUUGCAUCUGGAUGACUUGUUGUUGGACCGCAGAAAUGCCCCUGGGUAUAUAAUAUUGCAGUCCCCAGUGGAUGUGGCAGGGGCAAUUGGCACAAAACAGCAUCUCUUUGGCUCAACGCCACCUGCUCUGCAUAGGCAAGCACCAACAGCACCUCUCCAGGCUUUCCAAUUCCAUAACAAUAGCUCUUGGCCACGGAAGUCCACUAAUUAAUUAAAGAUGCUUUUCUCUCUGAACAUCAA